AUGUACAAUGAAUUGCAGGAUGUUUCCAGUAGAGUUCCUUGGAGGAAAUUAUUUUUCUCCAACCUGGCUAGACCCCGUGCAAAGUUUGUUUUCUGGACUGCCUGUCAUGGCAGACUUGCCACUAAGGUUAGAAUGAUGAAAUUUGGGCUACUUAGUGAUACCAAAUGUAACUUCUGUGAUCAUCUUGAAACAAUUGACCACCUCCUGUUUGAAUGUGCUGAAAUGAAGGAUGUUUGGAUUCAGAUUUUGGAAUGGCAAAAGAUUAACCACCAGCCAAAGAAGUGGAUUGAGGAGCUUAGCUGGGCGAUGGCGCAGGGUAAAGGAAAGGGGCAUAGAGCAACUUUACUCAAAACUGCAUUAACCGAGACUGUGUAUGAGCUUUGGAAAUAUAGGAAUGAAGUGAGUUUUAGGGGUAUAGUCAAUAAUACACACAUAGGAAAAAAGAUUAUGGAUAGUAUAGUUUAUAGAAGUUGGACUCAUAAAAAGAUGAGAGAAUAUAUUGCUAGGCUUCUGAUUUCUUAG